UUUUCAAGUGAUGUGAUAACCAAUAACUCGCCAGCAAAUGGAUCAGUCGGGGUAAAUGAAUGUAUUGAUAGUCGACUAGACCGUCUUGUCAACCGUCGUAUUGCUCGGCUUCGCCGACCCAACAAUCGCAUUCCAAUUGACGAGACCAUCCGUACACUCUGUCGUAAUGGCCGGCCCCGUCGUCGACACCACCGUCUUUCCAUCCCGCACAAUGGCCAACGACACAGGGCCCGUCUGCCCGUUGAACGGCACCGAGAAGUGGUUGAUGCCCGCAUGGUUGGCGUCCAGCGUCGUCGGUGUGCCCUCUGA